CUCAUUUUAAUUUCAUGGUGCGUGGUGGGGACUGCCAUGGAGGUCCUAUCACAGUAGACAGCAUGCCACCGCACCCACCACACAAAACACCACCUCAAGAUCCCAAAUUAGGACCCGGGUGACAGCUUGGUACCACCCUAGUUCGGGGCCAAUGUGACUUGAAAACUACAGCCCUGUGUAAUGGUGGCAUGGACCACCCUGACUGAGCUGAGUGAUUGGCUAGCAGACCCUCAUAUUCUUGCACACAUUGGAUGAGGGUGCCCGCGAUUCUCAGGGUCAGAGGGGUUAUGCCAUUUUGAUGCCCACACCUGUAGUUUAUCUAUUUUUUCUUCUUUUUCAAGUAAUCCUUCCAAGUCCUGGCACUCUGCAGCAAGUUCAGGUCGGCAUCAUCCCCAGCUCGGUGUGUAACUUCUUCUAUUUAAACUUAACUGGCACCAGAAUCUUAAACGACAUGAUGUGCGCUGGAUACCUCUUGGGAUGGAAGGACGCCUGCAGGGGUGACUCUGGAGGUCCCCUCGUCUGCAGCACUGUCAACGGCUCCUGGGUCCAGGUUGGCAUAGUCAGUUGGGGGUUUGGAUGUGCCCGGUUCUGGUUCCCAGGAGUUUACGCUCGUGUCGCAUUCUAUCUCAAGUGGAUCGAGGAGGAGACGAGUUCAAGUGUUCGGCUGCAAGUGAUGCCCAAGGAUCUGAUGAACACGGUCCUGCUCUUCUUCGACUCGAGGCCUAAGGCUGGAUUCUGGGAGGCCAUCGCCUACAUACUAAUGAGCCUUUUGCUAAUGAGACUUUUAGGCCUUAUCUAGUAGUGAUGAGGAAUGGAGAACAUGACGAGCCAAUCUGUGGUAUUGAGAACCUAAGAUUUGAAUUUCUGUACUGUCAUUUUUGGACCAGCAGCCAGAGCGCCAGACAUUUUCCUGGGACCUAAAACAAAAACAAAAUACAACAGCAGGCAUUUCAUGGUGAGCUGAAUAAAGGGGUGUGUCGUAAAUGUAGUGAAACCCCCCCAUAAAUUGGCCACCAGGUCACA